CCUGACGACGGAUAGUUAAAGAAGAGUAUGAAUCUCUAAUGUGAACGAAGAACUUAUAAAGUCAUAGACUGACAUUAAACGUCUAGGAUUGUAGCUGCAUAGACUGAUUUCCCACCCAAUAUCUUUGUUCCAUUACCAGGGAAAGGAAGGAUUCGCUAGAGAGAUUGACGAAUUCGAUUUGUAGAUUACAUCAAACACGGAAUAGCACAAAACGCACCACAUACCCUUUAGAAGAAGAAAUUAUGAUGAAAUCACAAGCAGAGGCAGCACACAAGUUCGUUAAGUGUUAACUUUCAAUUGACGUACUCCUUGUUUUUUGUCUGCUAAUUGUCGUCUGCUGCACAUCUCCAACACGUGACAGAGAACUGAAAAUUGUGUUUUCUACAAUUACAAGUCUGAAACAAAUUUUAAAGAUUGUCAGACACUAUUUUUAUUCUGACUUAGUUAUUAUAUCUGUACAAAAUAACAAAGUGCACUUAAAAUGGGUAGAAAGAUUCCAGCAAAGAAACAUCACGGAGUAAAAGAUCCAGAGAAGCAAGCAGAGCGUCGGAAUGCUAAAAUCAAGCUGAAAAUUAACGAGGCUCCUGUUGAUAUUGACGACCAAGAAAUUCCCAAAAAACUCAAGAACUUGUUUGAAAGAAAAAAAUACAAAAAAAUGAAGUUGGUUGAUGACGAGCCUGCACCAAUAAGGAAAGCUGGCAAAUCAGAAGCUAACCCAUACAGACCUCAACGUCCCAUAAAAAAAAUACCCAAGUUUGAAAGAUAUCCAGGAGAAUCAGAUCGUGAUUUUCUGUGGCGAACUGAACUAACAACCAGAGAUUACUUAAAGAAAGCCAAAUUUGAGGACAAGUAUGAUGUUGAUGUGGAAACUAAUGAAAGAACAGGUGAAAUGGAUAUUAAGAAACGGGAUAAGAAUCUAAAGUUCAUUGAAGAUGGAGCAAAAAUUGAACCUAAAAACAAAUGGGAAAAAAAGAAAUUGAAGAAACUUGAAAAGCUGCAGCAAGAACGAGAAGAAAGAAAAAAACUGAAGAAAGAAAAAUUCAAAAUGAGGAAACUCUUUAAGAAAAAUAAAAGAUUGAAGCAAGAUGACUUUUCUGUAUUGAAGCAGGACAAGGUUGAAUUUGGCGAUGUCGCUGAACGGCCCCCUACACUUACAGCCAAACCUAGAAAAUCGAACGCUAUGCAAAACCCGGGGAACCGGGAUCUCUUGCUCAAAAAUAUGGAGCAAAAUGACAAACCUUCGUCUAACCUGAGUGGCAAAAGAAAAGACCUUUCAGCCUUAGAUCGAGCAAAACUAGAGGAGGAACGUCAACGAGUUGUAGAUCUCUACCGAAAGAUGCAAGCAUUAAAAAAUGCCAAUAGAGCCUGAACAUUUAAAUCAAUACAACAAUUUUCGCUGAA